CUUAUCAAUUGGUAGGGAACAAUUAAAAAAUCCUGUGCAUUAUUAUUGCGUUAUAAAGUGAGAACGCACGCUAAAUAAUUUAGAUGGAAAAUUUAUGUUUUCUUGGAAUAGUCUUCUGUCUGCUACACCAUAGUUUUGCCAGCAGGUGUUUUCAGUGUCAGAAUGUUCCAUUUCCGCGUGACUGUACCAAAGUCAUAGAAUGCAGUGCAGACCAGUAUUGUUUUACGGAGCAAGUAGUAACACUGGCUGGAAAUGUUGUAUUUAACUCUGGCUGUCUUCACCAUGCGCACUGCUCUCCUACUAGCAUGUCGCUAAUUGGCAAAAGGUCGGUAAAUAGUCGACGUUCCACAGAUAUAACAACGUGCAUUGAAUGCUGCAAGGACGAUUUUUGCAAUAGAAAUGGUUGCGGAACAAGCGAAGUUCCUCUCACACAACGAGGUCCAUAUUGUUUUAACUGUGAUGCCUCAACGGACGCCAAAGCUUGCAACAGUGUUACUGUCUGUGAUGAAAACGAGUUGUGUAUGUUGUACUCUCCAGUCAAAUAUGAUGACUUGCCACAAACAAUCUACAAAGCUCAAUGUGAAUCACAAUCGAUUUGCGACAUAGUUUUAAAAGCGUUACACAAUCCAAAGUGUGCUCCAAUAUGUUGUAAAACUGAUUUCUGUAACGAUCAUUGCGGAAUGUCAUCAAAUGAUACCAUGACGACAGCACAUCCACAAACAUCCAUUCCAACUACGGAGACAACAGAGGUGCUUACGUCUGCUACUACACAAACUAAACAUCCAACAGGAGCUACAGCUCAAUCAACAGUACCUUCCAACAAUGCUCAAUUUCACUGCGAUAGUCACGGACAUUACAUACAUUUACGAGAUGCGAAUGCACAAUUAUGUGUUCACAUUGUAUUUAAUCAUGCUAUAUGGGAUGACGCUCGUCAUGCAUGCAGGCAAGAAGGAGGGGAUCUUGUUGUCCUGGAAACACACGAAAAGGCGUUGUUAAUGAGGAACGAACUUAUUGGAACUGGUCACAAAGGCUUUUGGAUAGGGGCACGAGAUUUCAACCGAAACAAUCAUUUUUUGUGGACGGACCAUUACCUUGUAGAUGAUUCCAAAGCGGACUGGGGACUUACUCAACCUGAACAUUUCCACAACGGAGUGAAUCAAGACUGCGUUGCCAUAAUUGGCAAUAGUUACCAGUGGCAUGAUACUGGCUGUGAUUAUGGUCAUUUCGGUUAUAUUUGUGAACGACAAUAAAGAUGUUUAACUGUUUAA